CACUCCAUAUAAUAAUCUGAUGCAUGUAAAAGAGACCAGAGCAUCGCCAUGUCGACCACGGGUCCCAUACGCAAUUAUUAUGUGGAUUCUUUGAUAAACCACGAGAGCGAGGAUGUGCUGGCGUCGCGGUUCUCAGCCCCAGAGCUUCUCCCCAUCCGCUCGCGUCAGACGACAGUAGUACCAGAGUGCUCCGAUUAUCCCUCCUGCAGUUUUGCGCCGAAACCUUCUGUCUUUACCUCCUCCUGGGGCCCAGUUCACUCCCAAUCCUCAGUGGUCUACCACCCAUACACCCACCAACCUCACGCUGGAACGGACUCGAGGUAUGUUCGCUCAUGGCUGGAGCCCAUAUCUGGAACAGUAUCCCUUCCAGGCUACCCGGCUAACUGCAGACACUACGGACUCAAACCCAAUGGUUUCCCUCAGCCCAGUGCCAGAGACUGCACCACCUCCAACAGUCGCGGAUACCCAGACUAUUUCUACAACACCUGCGUGGACAUCCGAGACAAGGCCCAGCAGAUCGUCCCUUCUCCAGAGUCGGAGGUUUUGGCUUCCGGGAAGCACAAAGACGACAAGACAGAAUUCGACCCAAGCAACCCGGUGGCGAAUUGGAUACACGCUCGUUCAACGAGGAAGAAACGGUGUCCUUAUACAAAAUAUCAGACUCUCGAACUCGAAAAAGAGUUUUUGUUCAAUAUGUACCUUACCAGGGACCGUCGAUAUGAGGUCGCUCGGGUUCUUAAUUUGACUGAGAGACAGGUCAAAAUUUGGUUCCAGAAUCGGCGAAUGAAGAUGAAGAAAAUGAAUAAAGAGAAGACAGAAAACAAUGAGCAGUAACGUGCUGUAUGGUCAAAUUGACUUGUACACGUUCAGAAAAAUGUCACUCGUGUUCUCUCCUCUCCAGUGGUCUCUCCUCUCGAGAACUACUGUUUUCCUUUUUGAUCUGACAUAAUUGAGAUCUAUAGGCCUAUUCUUGACAAAGUAGCACAUUGCAAAUUGGGGCCACGUCUCUCUGUGACAGUAUGCAGCUUGUUUUGACUAUUUAUCCUUUAUUACUGCUUCAUAGUGAAGACACGAAUAGGACAUUAGUAAAGAAAUGUAUUGGGUCAAGUUGGAUAACUGUGUAUAACAAAACCUGUGUAUUUUUGUAGAUGUUACAUCUUUGGCCUACUCAAGUUUAAAUGAAUGUUUUGCACACGAA